UUCUUAUUAUGUGUUGUCUUUUCUUUUCUUUCCUCUCUCUAAUACUUUCUAAGUAUUUAUUAUCUUCUCUCUCUUCCUUUAGUUUAUUUUUUAAUUUUCUAGUUUUACUUUUCUCAAUCUCUUCCUUAUUUUCAUCAUCAUUUUCCUCACCUCUAGGUUUUAUUAGUUUUUUAUUUUCCGGGACAUCAUCAUCAUCUCUUCUUCUUUUGGGAUUUCGAUUGAAGAUUAAAGGUGUCUUUUCUUUCUUGACCUUAUUACGAGGUGGAACAGGUGGUGGUUGUGGGGAUGGUGGCUUAAUUUUAAUAUUUCGUCCAUGAGAUGGGAUAAGAGGUGGUGGUGGUGACGGUGACGAAAUUACAGAGGAAUAUUUAGGUUGUUGCUUUGUAAACGAAAAAUCAUCACCCAUCCAAAAGUCAUUAUCAUCAUCGUUUCCAAAAUCAUCAUCUCCCGUAGAUAUAUAUGUUGCUG